AUGCAGCCUGAGCGGGGCGGCAGCCGGCCCCGGAGGGAAGGGGACCGGCACGGCCGGCGGCGGCCUGGAGGCGGGGAGCGGGCGGUCGACGCGGCGAUCGAAAGGAAAAGCGUGAUUGAGGACGGCCACGGCCGCGGAGGAGGCGGAAGCCGGGGAAGAGGCGGCGCUCAUGGGUACCGGGGAGGCGGGGGCCGGGGCAGGCGUGAGCCCCGAGGUCGUGGAGCACCAGCACCGCCCACCGCCCAUCAGCACCGGCGGGUAGAGGAGGAUGAUGAUACUGAAUCACAAGAGGAAGAAAAGGAAGAACUGAAAAGCUAUUCAAAAAGAAAGAUUGUUUCCAACUGGAGCCGCUAUGAGGAGACAGAAAAAGAGGAACAGAGAGUAUGUGGGGAAUCACAGAGAGGAACAGACUUCAGUGUUUUGCUUAGCUCAGCAGGAAAUUCGUUUACACAGUUCCGAUUUGCUGAUGAGAGAGAAUGGGAAAGAGAAAGCAUAUGCAAUAAACAGUUCCCUGCAUUUCCUGUUGACUGCCAGUCCUUGGCCCAGGCCCUGCAGGAGCUGCCCCUACAUCUGCGGUUGAACGUUGCUGCUGAACUGGUGCAGGCAUCAACACCUGCAGAUGUCCCACAGAUGAAACCUAAAAUUAUUGAAGAUGGCAAAAAGAGGGAGCUGCUGCCCCAGCAGUCUCCAGCUCUGAGCGGAAUGGUGUCGGUCUCCCAGCACGUUGGUAAUUCUGUUGCUCCAUCAGAGCCUGGAUGGAAAAAUGCUUCCAGGGGCAGCUCAGCAGAAGAGUUGCAGAGAGCCCAGCAAGAGACUGACCAUCUGGAUGAAGAAUUAGAUCUUCUUCUAAAUCUGGACGCUCCCGUUAAUACCGAAAACAAACCCGUGUUGGAUUCAUUAUCCCACAGCACAGCAACUGACAAAGAUCUGAAAAUGGACUCUAAGGAACCAGACCCUGUUAAACCAGAUAUAUCUGAAGAGAAGAGUAUAGCAUCAGAGCAACAGCAAAGCACAUCUAAAAAUGUUACUGAGGAAGAGCUUGAAGAUUGGCUGGACAGCAUGAUUUCCUGAAGCUCAGGUUUUCUUGUGUGAAUAACUGAAUACAGCAAAUAUGAUGCAGGAAGCUGAAUCUUCCUUUAUCUCCUUGUUAUUUCCUUUAUUUGUUUCAAUUUUUUCAGUAUGCCCAUCACCUGGUUUUGUUUGGUGGCACCUAAAAUUCUGUGCAACCAAAAUUCAUUUACAUGUGACUGAAACUUGUCCAAGACUGACAUUCUUGGGACUUCUAGAAUUUGUGAUGAAAUUAGUAUUUUCCUUGCUAAAGAUGCAGACUGCAGCACAGUAAGAGAACAGUUAUUUCAGCUUGUAUUUGCUCUAUGCAGUCCAUAAAAUAAAGCUGUGAAUGAACAGUGA